GUUUUGACGUUGAUAACUUAAAUGACUAACUGCUCUUAUAAAUCCUUGGUCGUGGCGUGGGCCACCAGUCACCUAUGAUUUUGUUGGAUGUUGAGAAAGUGUGUCAUGUUGUUCCCAGAAUUGGCUUUGGGAAAAGGGUUAUCGAUCGUACUGAUAAGCAGCACAUUUAAAAAGGCUGGGACGUUGUCUUACUAGAAAAUAACGACAGAUACAAAGAAGGGAGACGGCCUGGGAUAACAGACAGAGAAAAAGCAUCAGAAAAUAGAAUUUGAUAUAGUCAAGAGAAAAAUGACACUUGCAGUUACUGCAGUAUGCAUGGUCAGCGUGUUUUUUGCUGUUGGAGUUUUUUGUCUGCCACUGCCAGACUCGGGGCCUCAUAUAGCCAACGGAUGGGGACAGACGGUCCGGCUCAGACAUCUGUACGCGGUCAAACACGGAUUGCACUUGCUAAUCAACGAGAAUGGCAAGGUGCACGGAUCUCCUGAGCAGAGCUCUUACAGUUUGGUGGAAAUCCGACCUGUAGACACGGGCUGUGUCGCAAUCAAAGGAGUAGCAGCCUCGCAGUAUCUCUGCAUGGAAGGGAAUGGAAGACUGUAUGCAUCGAAAACCUAUAUGAAAGAUGACUGCUCCUUCAAGGAAAACAUCCUCCCAGACGGCUACAAUAUUUAUGUCUCUGACAAGCAUGGGACCCUGGUGAGCCUGGGUGGCAGCAGGCAGAGGCUCCAGGGGCGAGACAGAGGCAUUCCUGCACUGUCCCAGUUUCUACCAAGGGUGAGCACCCUGCCCCUGGAUAUAACAACAGAUUUGGAGUUGUCAGCCCACCCCGAGCAAGGCCCUCAGUCAGGCCUGGACAUAGACACUAUGGAUGCCUUUGGGAAACUUUCCCAGAUCUCGAUCCAAAGCCCCAGUUUCAAUAAGAGAUGAGCAACUGAUGGUGCUAACAUGCAAUCUAUACUAAGAAGCUUCUACAUCUACAAGGUGUCUCCAAACUCAAAAUUAGUUUUUGGCACAUGACAUUAUACACCACUCCAAACAUACAGGCCCAAGAAGAACCGGAUUGAAAUCAAUUGUAGUAUUUAUUUCAUUAUAAUUUUUCAAACUUUACUUUUAGCCAUAUUAUUUAAUGAAAAUACUUGAUCCAUGUAUUUUGAAAAACUAAUAUGGGGCUCUGUAUGCACUUUGUCUACAUUUUUUCGGAAGUUUACAUACACUUAUGUUGGAGUCAUUAAAACUAGUUUUUCAACCACUCCACAAAUUUCUUGUUAACAAACUAUAGUUUUGGCAAGUCGGUUAGGAUAUCUACUUUGUGCAUGACACAAGUAAUUUUUCCAACAAUUGUUUACAGAAAUAUAAUUUCACUUAUAAUUCACUAUCACAAUAACAGUGGGUCAGAAGUGUACAUACACUAAGUUGACUGUGCCUUUAAACAGCUUGGAAAAUUCCAGAAAAUUAUGUCAUGGCUUUAGAAGCUUCUGAUAGGCUAAUUUACAUAGUUUCAGCCAAUUGGAGGUGUACCUGUGGAUGUAUUUCAAGGCCUACCUUCAAACUCAGUGCCUCUUUGCUUGACAUCAUGGGAAAAUCAAAAGAAAUCAGCCAAGACCUCAGAAAAAAAAUUGUAGACCUCCACAAGUCUCGUUCUUCGUUGGGAGCAAUUUCCAAACGCCUGAAGAUACCACAUUCAUUUGUACAAACAAUAGUAUGCAAGUAUAAACACCAUGGGACCACGCAGCCGUCAUACCAAUUAGGAAGGAGAUGCGUUCUGUCUCCUAGAGAUGAACAUACUUUGGUUUGAAAAGUGCAAAUCAAUCCCAGAACAACAGCAAAGGACCUUGUGAAGAUGCUGGAGGAAACAGGUACAAAAGUAUCUAUAUCCACAGUAAACGAGUCCUCUAUCGACAUAAUCUGAAAGGCCGCUCAGCAAGGAAGAAGCCACUUCUCCAAAACCGCCAUAAAAAAAGCCAGACUGCGGUUUGCAACUGCACAUGGGGGCAAAGAUCGUCGUUUUUGAAGAAAUGUCCUCUGGUCUGAUAAAACUAAAAUAGAACUGUUUGGCCAUAAUGACCAUCGUUAUGUUUGGAGGAAAAAGGGGGAUGCUUGCAAGCCGAAGAACACCAUCCCAACCAUGAAGCACGUGGGUGGCAGCAUCAUGUUGUGGGGGUGCUUUGCUGCAGGAGGGACUGGUGCACUUCACAAAAUAGAUGGCACCAUAAGGAAGGGAAAUGAUGUGGAUAUAUUGAAGCAACAUCUCAAGACAUCAGUCAGGAAGUUAAAACUUGGUCGCAAAUGGGUCUUCCAAAUGGACAUUGACCCCAAGCAUACUUCCAAAGUUGUGGCAAAAUUGCUAAAGGACAACAAAGUCAAUGUAUUGGAGUGGCCAUCACAAAGCCCUGACGUCAAUCCUAUAGAAAAUUUGUGGGCAGAACUGAAAAAGCGUGUACGAGCAAGGAGGCCUACAAACCUGAUUCAGUUACACCAGCUCUGUCAGGAGGAAUAGGCCAAAAUUCACCCAACCUAUUGUGGGAAGCUUGUGGAAGGUUACCCAAAACGUUUGACCCAAGUUAAACAAUUUAAAGGCAAAGCUACCAAAUACUAAUUGAGUGUAUGUAAACUUCGGACCCACUGGGAAUGUGAUGAAAGAAAUAGAAGCUGAAAUAAAUAAUUCUUUCUACUAUUAUUCUGACAUUUUACAUUCUUAAAAUAAAGUGGUGAUCCUAACUGACCUAAGACAGGGACUUUUUACUAGGAUUAAAGGAAUUUAAAUGUAUUUGGCUGAGGUGUAUGUAAACUUCCGACUUCAACUGUAUUUGUAAAUACUUAUGUAUUUGUACAGCUUUUUUUUUUAAAUAAUUAGGCCUUCAUUUUAACUCAUAUGUCUUUGCAUUUACAUUUUCAAAUGUACUAAAGACACCAUGUGAAAUAAUUUGUCCAAAUGUGUAAUUGUUGUCACCUCAUUGUUGGCACCCCGUGUUAUUGGAAUGCAUUUUGAUCAUUCAAUCAGUCAUCAGAUCUAGAAAGCCAUAUUGAUGAUUCAUUUCUCACAGCAGUUUUUGGUUCAACAAGACUAACACAUGCAAAAAAAGGUGUUUAUUAUUGGCACACAAUGUAGUAAAUUCUAGCACAUUGAA